AUGCGUUCGGUUGGUGGUGUCAUUAGCGAAAUUUCGUUCAAGUUCUUCAUACAGUUCUUAUUUUACACGUUUCUGUUUACAACCUUUAAUGUUGUAGUGCUAUCUAUAUUUGUUGCUGAGCAUCGGAAAAAUUCUGGAUACCUCGAAGUGCAGUGGCUAGUGGCAUUGGCAUUAUGCGGUCUAUUUUUCUUCUUUUCUCUAGGAAUGCUAGCCAGUUCUCUCCACCUCGCAUGGCUCAAUAUUUCGACUAUCGAGAGCCUCACCCGUCACACCAAAGUCUGGACACUAGCAAUCUUGAUUCCCCGCCCAAAAGAUUUCCAUGAGUCGCAAGCAAAUCGAGAUAACCCAAUUCCUGUCGUCAUAUACCCAAGCACGGUUAUGCCAUCGUCGUCGUCCAGUUCAUCCGGGACCGCUCCUCCCCGUGAAUUUGCGAUUCUCUCCACAGAGCCAGGGGAAAACCCUUUUGACAUAGGUACCCCCCUGGAAAACCUGAAAGAAAUCAUGGGCUACAGCCUAUUCGAUUGGCUACUGCCAAUCAAGCCCAGCCCCUGUGCAGACCAUAGCAGACAAGAGAGCGCGUAUCGGUUUGGCCCCGUCGUGCAGCGGCUGAAAAGAAAAGCCGGCUUGGAGAGUUUUUGA